AUGAGGAACCUUCCUGAGCUUACAUUCGCCAUUUUCUUUCUCGCAGCCGCGGGAAAGCAGGCAACGGCUCAAGUAUCCUUCGACUACAACUACGACUGCGACUUCUAUAGUACCACGUGUCCCGAGUUUCUUCUCUUCAAUGGGGAAUGUGAAAGUGAUCUAUUCGAUGAAAAUCUAAAUCCAUGUUGGCAGUCCGAUUGCUUCGACUGUGAUCCGUGUGCAGCUUUCAACGCGGACUGCGCUGGCUGCACGGCAAAUGGUUGCUACUGGUGCCCUGGUGAUGGUGCCUGCAGUUCUGCCAUUCUUGACGCUUCCUUUUGGGACAAAUACGUCAAAGAGUCAGAAUGCAAUGCUCAAAGUCAAUGGAUUUCGGGGCAGUGCCCAGAAAACCCACCACAGGCUGUCUACAACGAUCCAUUGUAUAGUGCUCAAUCUUGGGUUUACGAACUCAUGAACGUCGAAGAUGUAUGGAGGCAAGGAAUUACCGGAAAAGGUGUCAUGAUUCGUGUCAACGAUCCUCAUGGAGUCGAUGCAACUGUGCCAGAGCUUGCCCCAAACUUCAACCAAACUGCCUCGUGUCCAGAUUACAUGCCACCCAUCAUCCCGAACAUCACCCUCGAUCAUGGAACCGUUGUGGCAUCCAUUGCUCUCGGGGCUGGAAACAACAGUGAAUGUGCUGUCGGCGUGGCUCCUGGCGCAUCCUUGUCUGCUUGCCUCGGACCGUUGGACUUGGUAGAUUCAGAACCGGCCAGAUUCUUCACGCAUGGGAUCACCUCCACACACAUUUCCGUCAACUCGUGGGGGUUUGAUGCUUGCGACCACAAACAAACACCACAACGAAAACUACAGAGAAGGUGUCCCUUUCAAACGCGAAAUAUCCUUAAUCCAUGCUUGCAGCCCCAAUGCAAUGUACUAGACUCGCCCGAGUGCCAAGCCUAUGUCGUCCCCUAUUGCCAACAAUUUUAUGAAAACGAGUAUCAAGCAUGCGCCGAAUACCUUGACCUAUUCAUUUCAUGCAGAUUCAAUGUGCUUUCCAAGGUGGGAAGAGAUGCCAUCACAAAAGGGAUUACUGAUGGAAGGAAUGGAUUGGGGAUCAUAUAUGUGUUUGCUGCUGGAAACGAAUUCGCCAAAGCGGAGGAUAUCAACAUGGAAGGUUGGCUCAACACUCGCUUCACCAUCAUUGUUGGUGCAGUUGGAAAGAAUGGAUAUCAUGCUUCCUAUUCGACAGGAGGACCAGCGCUGUUUGUAGCUGGUCCUGGUGGGGAUUUUGAAUAUGUAGGCAACCACAUGGCUGCAGCGCCCGGAGGCGGUUGCACCAGCGCCGGAGUUGGCACCUCGUUCGCAGCACCAGCGGUAGCUGGUGUCAUUGCCCUCAUGCUUGAAGUAAACCCCCUACUCUCGUGGCGAGAUGUCCAAGGAAUUCUGGCGCUGACAUCGCAGAGGGUGUAUCCCGAGGACGAAUCAUGGACCGAAAAUGGAGCUGGCAUUGUUCACUCGAACUUGUUUGGUUUUGGCCUUGCCGAUGCCACAGCUGCUGUCUUGGCAGCAAGAGACUGGCUGUUUUGGGGAACAGAACAUCAGAUCAUGACUCAAUCCACGCUUUUAAAUACGCCGAUUCCAGACGCUGAUGCCAACGAAGGAGUCGUAGCUACGCUCACGAUCACUGAAGACGAUGUGAUUAGCGCAGCUGGCGUCCCUGAUUUGGAGGUUGAAAGUGUGGUUGUCUACUUGAAGCUGAACCACUCCGCUCGAGGAGAUCUGUUGCACAUGUCAAUGAAACAGGAAGUGAUGCUGCGAAGUCCUUCUGGAACUCGGAGUGUCCUUAGCCCUGGCAACAGGAUCGAAAAUACGAUCACAUCUGGGGAGGAACAGUGGAAACUUUUAACCGUAAAAAACUGGAAGGAGAGCCCGUUGGGAGCAUGGACAUUGCGAAUCACCGACGUUCGAGGAGCGGACGCCCCGCAAUGUGUUGACUACUUUUGGCAAACGGACGUGCGGGUGGAAGACGAAGUUUUCCGCCUUACGUGCCAAGACAUUUCAGACAACCUGCCAAAAAAUAUUUCUGAAUGCACCAAUGAACUUGUGGCUGAUCUCGCGGGAAUUGUUGGAAAUGUCUUCGACAACAGAACGGCUCUCUCCGCGUGCUGCCGAUGCGGUGGUGGAGUGGCGGCUUCUUCCAUUCCAAACUCUUUGAUCUCUUGGAGUCUAGCUAUCUAUGGCCACGAGCCAGUUCAAAACUCAGUCUCAUUACAAACCCCUUGUGGUGGUUCAUGCACUGAAGAUGUUGAGUUCUGUGGGAAUGACAACAAGUGUCAUCCUAUUACAUGUGCCGAUUGGUGGCAGUUCGGCCCCGUUGAAUACACAGGGCGAAAUCCAAGAAACCCACCUCAAUUGGUGUGUUACAAUGACUACGAAGAGGGGGCAGAGGACUUUGCUAAUGCCAUCACGUAUGGUUGCAGUGCGUUGGAAUAUCGACCGGGGACGCAGAUCGAUGACGCUGAUUCCGCGACGUUUUACCACCAAAGGAAGUGCACUGCAGAACUUCCAGGAGGUCUCGGGUUUGCUUGCUACGAGAUCGCAGAGGGGACGAACUUCGACAACUACUUCAACGAAGUUGCCGCUCUUGGUCUUACGAGCUGCCCGGACGGCACAUCACCGAACUAUUAUUACCCCCAGCUGAUCCAGCAGAGACGAGGCGAUCUGGAAGACUCGUUUGGAAUCUACUUCCAAAGUACGGCCUUCAAUGAAACCUUGGCCCUUCGUGCUACCUGGGCUGUAUUGAGGGAAGAUCAGGACGCAUGCUACCCUUCUGGCCUUAAUGCUUGCCCGUUUGAAGAUCUUUUCGACGGGGAAUGCCAGGACUGCGUUGGAGAUUGUUUCGAUUGCGAUCCUUGUCAACAGCACAGUUACGACUGCAAUGAAUGCGUCCAGUCUGGAUGCUUUUGGUGUCCCGGAGACGCCACCUGUCAAUCGGAACCGCGAGACGAGUCGUUCUGGCUCAAAUAUGGCGGUAGGAAAAAGUCAACAUGUCCCUUAUCAUUCUAUUGGAUUCAAACAUGUCAAGAUCCAUUGGAUUCGAAUGCUUUUUCCGAUCCCUUGUAUGAUUCCAUGGCAUGGAUUUACGAUCUAAUCAAUGUAGAGGAAGUCUGGGCACAAGGAAUCACGGGGAAAGGAGUGCAUGUUAGAGUGAACGACGACGGUGUUGAUGCUACUCAUGCUGAAUUUGCGGAUAAGUUUGACGUAGCAAAUUCAUGCAGCGCAUAUACACCCGCGGACGAAGAAAAAGACAACCACGGGACUGCAGUGGCCUCCAUCAUUGCUUCCAAUCCCGACAACGGUGUCUGUGCUGUUGGAAUUGCACCGGAAGCAACGGUAUCAGCCUGUGUAACGCCUCCGGACGAAGAGGGCCCGGAAGCUGUGGCUGCAAUGUUCCUAACCCAAUUGGCUGCUGUUGACAUAAGUACAAACAGUUGGGGUCCAGUAGUAUGUGUUUCCCCGUUUCUGGAACGAGGCCGCUCGCUCCAGGAAUGCCCCUUCUCCAAGGACAACUGGGGAUCUCCCUGCGAGUUGUGCAAGUUGUAUGGCUUCGAUUCAAACGAAUGCCACGAUGCCAUUUCGGACUACUGUCUAAGCCAGUAUCAAUACGACAAGGUAGCAUGCGCUGACCAUCUCGACCUGUUCGUGACCAGCUGCGAGUAUCACAUGCUCGACCCUGUGGUACAUGAGGCAUUCGUCCGGACAAUGGUUGAAGGCCGUGGUGGAAAGGGAGUGAUCUACGUUUUUGGUGGCGGCAACGAUUUGGCUGUUGGAGUGAACACAAACGACGAUGGUUUCAUCAACAGUCGAUUUACCAUUGCCGUUGGCGCCGUUGGUCAUGACGGACUGCACGCGAGCUACUCGACCCCAGGAGCUGCUGUGUUCGUGACUGCCCCAGGCGGCGACUCCGAAAACGUUUCCAACAAUAUUGUUGCGAAACCGGGCGGAGGCUGCCACGAUAUCACUGUUGGAACCAGUUUUGCAGCUCCUGUUGUCUCAGGAGUCAUUGCGUUGAUGCUUGAAGUGAAUAACAACUUGCACUAUCGGGAUGUUCAGGCUAUCCUAGCGACGACGUCGACUUUGAUGGAUCCGACGGAUGGUUCCUGGGUCACCAAUGGAUUUGGCGUGAAUCAUUCCUACAAUUAUGGUUUUGGACUCGUAAAUGCAGAGGCUGCCGUAAACGCUUCAAUAACCUGGACAAGUCUUGGCCCCGAGCUCCUUGCGCAAGGAUACACUGGAGAGGUUAAUCUGGACAUUCCAGACGUCGGAACCCCCGUGUUGUCAACGGCCAGCGUGUCCAUAUCUGAUGAGUCGAACACGUUUGUAGUGGAACAUGCAGUUGUUUUCGUGAAGGUUAAGCACCCCUCAAGGGGCGAUCUGAAAAUCACUCUGACAAGUCCAUCUGGAACUGAAAGCAUUUUGACACAAGGCGGCCGUCCUGAGAACCAGCAGCUCGAGGAAACAGAAAUGUGGAAGCUGAUGACACUUAGAACAUGGGGUGAAGACCCCACCGGAACCUGGACUUUGGAGGUUGUUGAUGAAGUGGUUGGUGUUGGUCGUGAUUGUGUGGAUUCCCCUUGGGCAUACUAUUCGUUUGAAGACGACGAAACGAUCAGCUGUGAGAAAGUGAUCGACUGCGACAACGAGGAGUUGGUGACACCGGAUGUGAUUGCGUACAACGACAAUGGCCUGACCAUCAAUGAUGCUUGCUGUGUGUGCGGCGGAGGGAGCAAGGUUGUGCAAAUGCCACCCGUUCUGAUGUCAUGGCGCUUGAUUGUGUACGGUCACGAUCCCAGUGCACCACCUGCCGAGAGUGGAUCCGUGGGCAUUGCGUCAACUGAUUUCGUGACCGUCCCAACCAGCAAUAGUACAACACCAACCGAGACUUCCAGUGGUGCAACAUUGCCCAACAACAAUGCAUCCGGGACUACACCCCCAGGGACGACCAAUUCCACAGGCAACGUGACAGGCAACACGGACAAUACCAGCAACGCCCCUCACUUGCUGGCUUGCGCCCUCGUGUGGACAUGUGGUCUCAUGAUCAUACCUGCUAUGCUGAUGCUCUGA